AUGUCUGUUCGACCUGUCAUCGUGAUCGCUGGUGUUGGCAACGGCACAGGUGCGUCUACUGCCCGCGUCUUCUCCAAGCAAGGACAUCUCGACAAGUUCACCUCGGAACUGAAGCAAGCAGGCGGGGAGGCGCGGCAUUCCCCGUCAGGACUACUCGUACGGCGCGGUCAUCUCUGUAGUCGAGGGCAUCGAAGUACCAAUGGCCAUCUCCCGAGAAAGCCGAAUCCGCGUCGCCCUGUGGAACGCGCCUUCGGGGCGUGGAAGAGCUUCCUGGACAUCACCGAACAGGACGUCCACGACUCGGUCGACGCUAACUUCGUCGCGCCGUUCGCGUUCUCGCGCCAGAUCAUCCUGGCGUUCCAGGAGAACGACCUGAACGAGCUGGGCAAGAGGGGACCCUGCUCUUCACCGGCGCCACGCGAGCUGGAGGGCAACGUGACCACCAGCAGCUUGAGCAAGGAGUUCGGGAAGCAGAACAUCCAUGUAAGCUUGGUUGACACUCACACACCUACAGGCAUCCUCACCGACCGAUCUCUUACCCGCCACACCGAGCCGGAGGCGCAGAAGCAGUUCGCGGAGAACGCAGACAUCCGUCUUGACGCGGAGAGCAUCGCGAAGCUACCUUACCUGGCCAACCAAGACCGCUCUGCAUGGACUUGGGAGCUCGACCUCCGCCCGGCGCACGAGAAGUGGUGA